GAUAUCCAUAAUAACCCAACCCCCCUCCAGCUAAAAUAUGUUUUACAACUGGACAAAAAUAAGCCCUCUUUAGCGUUUUAUUCAUCAACACAAGCUGAUCAGCAUUAUUACAGAGAUGGAGGCGGCUGGAGCAGAUGAGACUCCGGAAGCACUGGGGGCUUCGGCAACAGAACAGAGUCCCCCUGGACACAGUGAGACCUCUUCCAAGCCCAUUAAAACUUUGCUGGAAGAAGCCGUUCAAUUGAAAAUGAAAGGAAAUGCCUUCUACAAAGAGAAAAACAUCCGCUCAGCUAUUGGUUAUUACCACCGUGCCCUGCUGGUACUUCGAGGCCUCGACUCCAACGUAAUGGCAGCAGUGAAAGGGUUUGGACCCGAGAAACCUCCUCUUACGUCGGAGCAGGAGGCUUUGCUGAGAAACACCCAAGUGGACUGCUACAAUAACCUGGCAGCUUGUUUGCUGCAGAAACAGAAGGUUGACUAUGGCCGUGUGCUGGAGUACAGCCUGCGAGUGCUGCAGUGGCAGCCAGGCAAUGUCAAGGCGCUGUACCGAGCAGGAGUGGCCACUCUGGAGAUGGGAGAUGCUCAGACAGCCAAACAGUAUCUCACCAAGGUCUGCAGACAGCAACCUAAUGAUGCUAAUGUGAGGGAGCGCCUGCAGAGGGCAGAAGAGAAGCUAAACCAAGAGCUGCAGAAAGAGAAAGCCAUGUAUCAGGGCAUGUUUUCCUCCCGAUCAAAGGACGGCCCUGCAGAGCGGGUCAACCCAGCAAACAGGGCAGGUGAUGGAGUUUAAACAGGUGGCUCUAUGUGCCAAAUAAAACCUCAACCUCAGACCGGCUGGACCAACUGAGAGCAGAACACGCACGUUAAAUCAGUAACGUUAUGCGAGUUAGGAGUUUGAAGAAGCAGCAGGAAUAUAAAGGUCUCUGUGGAUUACAGACCGCUGGGUAGCAGCUAGCAGGACAGUAAACAUGUCAUGGCUCAAAAUAGAAAGAAGAGGACAGAACCGUUAGUUUCCUAGCAACAUGGAAAUGAACAGUCUUAUAAUCUGUGCUCAUGUUAGUCAGAAUGACUCUUUAUGCACUACCAAAAAGCCUCUGAUUGUCUCUUCACUGAUAUGAAUGUUCGUUUUUGAUUUUUUUCAGAAAAAAAAAAAGUUUCCUUUCUCUUUGUUAAUAAAAUAAAAAAUGUCAGACACAA